AUGUCCCGCUUUGGGGCUUGUCGGGAAGGACGGACGCCAUCGUCUUCACCGGAGGUGAAUGAGGAAUCAGAUUUUGAGAUGCCAAGGGAGAGGAAAGAGGACAAGCCGGAGGCUCCGGCAGCCGGGAAGAGCCCAGGCACCGAAGCUGCGGAAGGAGGGUGGGCAUGGGGAGUGGUGUUCCACUUCUUUCUGGUCAACGUUCUCGUGAUAGGGAUGCUCAAGACCUUUGGGAUUUUCUUCGUGGCUUUCCAAGAAGAGGUGGGGGGUUCCUCCGAGCAAGUCAGCUGGAUCGGCUCCAUCAUGUCCUCCCUGCGCUUCUUAGGAGCCCCGCUGGUGGCCGUGGUCUGCAGGAAGCUGGGCGAGCGGCCAACCUCCAUCGUCGGCGCCGGCUUCGGGUGCCUGCUCAGCACCCAGGCCACCAGCGUCCCCUUCCUCUGCGUCUCCAUGGGACUCCUCCUGGGUAUGGGGUUUGCCUGCCUUUUCCAGGCGGCCGCGGUGAUGAUGGCCAAGCGCUGCGGGAGGCGCCUGGCGUUCUCCAACGCCGUCGCCCGCUCCGGGAUGGGGCUGACGUUUCUCAUCGCGCCCUUCACUCAGUUCCUCAUCGAUUUUUACGGCUGGCAAGGUACUCUCCUGAUUUUUGGGGGCAUCAUGUUAAACCUGGUGCCCUCCAGCAUGCUGCUGCGGCCCGCCAGCACCCAGCCGCCCUCUGCUAAAAAUCAAGACCGUGAGUCUUUAAAGGCAAAGAAGGAUUUGGAAACCCCUGAUGGAAGUUUUGAUGAAACCGCUCGUGGGGAAAUACAACUUCAAAGUGCACUGGACCUUUCCACCACGGAGGGACAACUGGUGUCCCCUGGCAGAGACGUCUCUGGUCCGGUCAAUACGUCUGCGUCGGAACCCCCCGUGGGCAGCCGCUCGCUAGAAAUCGCCGCCGAGGCCAAGAGAAGCUUCAAAUCCCCUCAACCGCACGAAAAAGAAAAUUCGCAGCCUCUCCUCGACUUCUCCCCGCUGAAGGAUCCCGUCUUCUUCAUUUUCACGUGGUCUUUUCUAUUCAGCCACUUGGCUUACUUCGUGCCCAUGUUCCACCUGGUAGCCAGAGCCAGGACGUUGGGCAUAAGCAGCAUGGAUGCCUCUUACCUCAUUUCAGUGGCUGGCAUCACGGAGACAUUCAGCCAGCUGCUCUCGGGCUGGGUCGCCGACCAGAACUGGACCAAGAAGUAUCACUACCACGUGGCUUACCUUGUCCUCAGCGGCGUCACCAACCUGCUCUGUCCCCUGGCCACCACCUUCCCGUUACUCAUGACCUACGCGGUGGCCUUCGCCGUUUUCUGCGGCGGCUUCAUGGCUCUGAUCCUCCCUGUGCUG